AUGCCGUACUUUCCCGCUGUUCUGCUGCGCCUGCGAUUGAUACGCGAUGGACUGCUGUGGCAGGCGGGUGCACGCCCCUUGGAUCUGCUCCUUCGCAAGAGUCGCAUCGACCUGGAGCCGAUUGAAGAACUAUUGGGCGCAACCCGUACCCCUGGCUCCUACCAAACUGCAAAUUCCAUUGGUGCGAGCCUGAUUCCCAUAUCAUUCAUCGGCUGGCGCGCGGAUCCUCACUUGUUCAAUAUCCAAGAUCUACAAACGCUGUGUAACGGCCUGGCCACUCUUACAUUCGCCGCUCAAGCUGCACCUACGAAUUGA